UUAAUUGCAGUUGCAGUGAGAGACAGAGGAGUAGGCCCACCACACUACUGUUCCCUCCGUCCUUCUUUGCUCUUCUCUCGCUCGCAUCAAGGCUCCGCCACGUCCGGAGAAAGAAGUGCCGGGGGGAGAGAGGGAGGUGCCCAUUGUUGCGGAGAUGGGGUGGAACAGGGGAGCUUUGUCUCUGUGGUUGCCUCCCCUGCUUACCUGGAUGGCCGCCGCCUCUCUGCUCCCCGAGGUGCUGUCUCAGGUGAGCUUCUUGAAGGCUCCGCCGGCGUUCUCCCCGUCGCCCGAGGCUGCAUUUCAGUUCGAGGCGAGGGAGGGGAGUGAUGGUGGUGAGUCAUGCGGUUCCAACUGCAGUUUUGUCUGCAAGUUGGAUAACUACACUUCAUCUUCCUGUAAGUCGAAAAAAGUUUCAUACUCAGGCCUGCUUGAUGGAAAUCAUAUGUUUGAGGUCUGCGUCAGUGCUUCUCGAAGAGUUCGCUGUGCUAGCUAUUACUGGACUGUUGAUACGAUUUCCCCUACUGCCCACCUUUCGGCUGCAUCAUCUUUCACAAAUGCUCUAAAUAUGUCUGUAAAUGUUUCUUUCAGUGAACCAUGCACUGGUGGAGGUGGAUUUAGAUGCACCCCUAGCUAUUGCAGUCUUCUUGUUUAUGGAGCUGGAUAUGUGAUACCAUCUACCCUUACGGUUAUUCUCCCUGAACAAGAAUAUGCCCUUGUGGUGGCUAUAUCAGCUGAUGUUCAGUAUGGUCGCUUGGUACUAGUAAUGGAUAGGGGCUUUUGCAAGGAUGUUUCAGGGAACACGUUCAAACGAACAUCAAAUUCAAGUUUCAUUGUUCAUUUUGAUAGAAGGAGUGUGCUCAUGAGCUUGGAAACUGGCAUUCCAAAGAAGAUACUUCAACUUAAGGGCGAGAUUAGAACAGCAGAGGCUACAAACAUUGCGAAGGACUUGAGAGUUUAUCUAUCUUUCUCAGAACCAGUUCUUAAUUCAUCAGAAGAACUUCUAGGUAUUCUUCAUACAAGUAAUGGUUUACUUGUUCCUACAAAUAGGAGUACACAUGGAAAUCGCCGCUUUGGCUACAUAGCACAAAAUAUCCCAAGUAUGGCUGUUAUUACUGUACUUUGUGAUACAAGCAAAAUAAUCAGUAGGCAAGGGACUCCAGUUUCUCCAUCAGAUCCAAUCACUUUCCUUUAUGAUGAUCAAAGGCCUUCUGUGAAGUUGAGCACAACUUCCAACAUGAGGAAUAGACGACAUAAAAUACCAGUGCUGAUAAGGUUCAUGAAGGCUGUCUUUGAGUUCAACUCAUCAUCUUUAAUGAUUUCUGGAGGACGUGUGCGGAGCUUCCAUGAAAUAACAAAGAGCAUGUACAUAAUUGAAAUACAUGCUGAGGAUAGCAUUGUGUCUGUGGAAGUUCCAGAGAACACAACUGUAGAUAUAGCUGGAAACAAGAACCUACAAUCUAACAUUCUACAAGUGAAACAUUAUUCCAUGCCCACAAUAUCAUCAUUGGUUUCCAUAGUUGCUACAAUUGCGGUAGCAUUGACAUCAAUGUUUGCAUCACUGCUUACGGUAUCUACUUCAAGUUUGAUAUCUUCUGGGGCAAUUUCUAGACAGAAAUCAUAUCUUGUUUCUGAACCCUCAAGAAAUCUUAUGAGAAUUUUGUGCCAUAUCCAGGUCUUUGCCUUAUCAAGAUGGCUGGUAAUAGGCAUGCCCAUAGAGUAUUAUGAAUUUUCUAUCGGUAUAGAGUGGAGUAUACCAUACAUGAGUCUUCCAUGGGAAACAGGCUCCAAUUCACUUUUUGAAGACCCAACAUUUGCGUUUGGAACUUAUUCCGGAGUACGGGAAAGAAGGAUGUUGGAAACUUUUAGAUCCCCAUCAGUGUCACCCCUGAUACCGGAGAUGGACCCUUUGACACCCGGGAAGCCACUUACUGCUGGUGAAUAUUUCUCAUUUCUUGAGAAUCAAAACAUGAAACCUGAAGCUGAAUUCAUUAUGAUUUCACGAAACUCAGAUAGAUGGGAGUACUUUGCUAGAAACAUGUUCUGGUUAGCUGUUCUAGGUGGCGGGUUGAUCUUGCUCCAUGUCACAAUUCUUGGCAUUUUAAAGUUGAAGAGGAAGAUCUCGGAAAAGCAAAAGGAGUUCGGAGCCCUUGUGUUCCCAAGAUUUGAAAUAUCCUUGAUAUUGCUUGCAUUGCCAUGCAUAUGCCAGGCAUCUGCUUCAAUAAUCAGAGGGAGAACAAUCGCAAGCCUAGUUGUUGGAAUAAUACUCUUGGGCAUCUCCACGUCUAUCCUUAUCUCCCUGAUUUUGUUCCUGUCACUCGGUAUCGCAAUGGGCAAGCUUCUCCAGUACAAAGAAGUCCAUCAAGAGGGACAGGAGUUCCAUUGGUAUCAGGAGCUCAUUCGCGUAAUCCUGGGUCCUGGGAAAAGAGGUCUAUGGUCAUGGAAGAAUAAACAAGACUCGAUUAAUCGAAUGAAAUUUGGUCCAUUGUUUGAGGAUCUCCGAGGACCACCAAAAUACAUGCUAACACAAAUUUCAGGCAGGAGGGGGGAUGAAGCUAAACGCGAUGACCAAAUCAUUGUGUCUGAAGAUGAAAAUGAAGAUUCAGAAGCCCCCUUUAUUGAGAAGCUCUUCGGCAUCCUCAGAAUUUACUACACAGUUGUGGAAUUGGUUAAACGCGUCUCUCUCGGAAUUCUAGCUGGUGCAUACUCAUCAAGUAGGCCUUCAAGGACACCCACUUUGAUCAUUUUGUCCAUCACCUCUUUCCAGCUCCUUUUCCUCGCCUCGAAGAAACCAUUCAUCAAAAAGAAAGUGCAGUUUACAGAGAUCAUCUCAGUUGCUAGUGAAGUCGGUUUGUUUGCGGCUUGUCUAGUUCUACGCGAGAAGGAACUUUCCGAUGUCAAUGAGAAGAGAAUAGGACUGUUUAUGCUGUCUAUGUUUAUAAUCAUGCUCACUCCACAACUGAUCAACGAAUGGCACGCAUUGUAUCGACAAGUUGUUCGACUGAGACUGACUGGGGGAACAUUCUCUUCAGGGCUAAAGAGGGCUAUUGGUGGAAUUAUUCUACUUGUUCUACCUCCAAGCUGGAUGACACAACUGACCGAGCAACUAGCAUCCAGCCAAGAGGAAGGGGACAGUGGAAGUACAAUGUCUCCAAGAGGUCGAGCCCAAAGAGCUUCGGGUACAAGCGAAAGAUCAUGGCCGUUACAACUGAGAGAACUUGCUAGAGCUAGUUUCAGUAGAGAAGCAGCAGGACCACCUAAUGAUCCUUCAAGUAGCACAUACCAAUUGACUCGAUUUUGGACUGGAAAAAGAAGCGGAAGCUCUUCCUUGACAUCAUCAUCUGACUUCAAGUCGAAGUCGAAAGAGCUGUACAAAGAUUUGGAGGCAAUUUUCUCAUCCAAAUGAUUGGUUAGUCUGUAGAUUGAUUCAUUGGUAUCUUCCAGUUAUGGCUUGAGAUUCAUUCCACCAUGAUAUUUGAAGUGGGUGCAGAGUCCAAAGAAGUGAUUGCUUUAUCUCACAAAGCUAAACAUAUCGCACCUGGAGAUUUACUGGUUUGAAUCAUAUGCCAUGUCGACAAUUGUAACUUUUAGGAUCUUGUUGCACUUCUUUAACAUGUAAAUGAAAUGUGUUUUAUCAUCAGAGAUCUCAGAGACCACUCAUCAUUGUUAUGAUUGUUAGAUCAUGAGGGAUAACACACCCAUGUUUUAGCCUUAAGCAUCGUAAUUUUCUUUAUGUUGUUUGUC